CAGGAACAGUUUGACCGACUACAAUGGAAUCAAAGAGACUGAGACAAACUUGGGAUUACCAGUGACGGAUCAUCUGAAGUGGGAUUUUAGCAAAAAUGGACUAGCUUGGGAGUUUGCACAUAUACACACACCAUCCACCCACACACCAACACGUACACACAUUACACACACACAUACAGAUUUUGUUUCCUGGUUUGAGUGAUCUUGGCAGCAGAUAGGUGUCAGUAUGCAGGAGUCUCCAGGUGCAAUGGGAGUAGAUGGCAGCUAUGCCAGCAAUGUUCCAGCCUUUCUCACCAAGCUGUGGACCCUGGUGGAGGAUCCAGAAACCAACCACCUCAUCUGCUGGAGCGCUACUGGGACAAGCUUCCAUGUGUUUGACCAGGGACGCUUUGCCAAGGAAGUCCUGCCAAAGUACUUUAAACACAAUAACAUGGCAAGUUUUGUUCGACAGCUCAACAUGUAUGGUUUCCGUAAAGUGGUGAACAUUGAGCAGAGCGGCCUGGUGAAGCCAGAGAGAGACGAUACAGAGUUUCAACAUCUGUAUUUCCUCCAGGGACACGAACACAUGCUUGAACACAUCAAGAGGAAGGUAUCCAUUGUGAAGAGUGAAGAGACCAAAGUCCGUCAGGAGGACCUCAGUAAGCUGCUGUAUGAAGUCCAGCUCCUCAGAACACAACAGGACAACAUGGAUUGUCAGAUGCAGGACAUGAAACAGCAGAAUGAAGUCCUGUGGAGAGAGGUAGUCUCACUGAGACAGAACCACACACAGCAGCAGAAAGUCAUGAACAAGCUGAUUCAGUUUCUGUUCAGCCAGAUGCAGUCCAACACACCCAGCACUGUGGGCCUGAAGAGAAAGCUGCCCCUGAUGUUGGAUGAUGGCUCUCCCAGCCCUCCUGCCUCUAAGUUCAGCCAUACUCAUCCGAUGGAGGCCAUGCAUGAGACCUUCUACAUCCAGUCACCAUCCAGUGAUACAGCCUCUUGCUCUACCAGUGGGCUGACAGGAGGACCAAUCAUAUCAGAUGUUACUGACAUGACUCAGGCCAGCAUGGCUCUCCAGAUGCAGCCCGAUGAGACCAGGGAGAAGUGCAUGAUGCUAAUCAAAGAGGAGCCUGUGAGUCCAGGAGUGAGAGGAGCAGGAAAAGGAGCCAAUGUCGGUGGUGGAGAGGCUGUAGCCUUGACAUCCUCCUGUGAGGUGUGCUCUUCUGAACCUCCAGUCCUCCCGGUUGCAAUGGUCCAGUCUGUUCUGGAGGGGAGGGGCUCUGUGGUGGAGAGGAGGAGUAAGAGACCUGCUCUGGACAGAGUGGAGGUUUCAGAUGCAGUGGAGAAUGUGGAUAUGAGUUUGGAGGAGCUUCAGCAGCUGCUGCUCAGGAGCCAUCAGCAGAGUGCUGUGGAGGCUGGGUCCAGCACUGUUAUUGAUCCCUUCAGUUUAAGCCUGCCUCUAACAGAGUGGAACUUCACAGAGAUGGAGUCCAACCUCAAAUCAUACAUGUUCCAGAACCAGGAAGCGGAGGCUUUUCCGGCUCCCGGCUGUGAGGAGCAGUGAUUCAACUUUGAAGUGGACUGUUUUUUCUGAAGGCCACAGAAGCUUCUGUUUUCCCUCAUUAUUACACUCUGCAUGAGAUGGAUCCCAGGGCCCUGCCAGGCUGUUUCUCACCCGUGGCUUUAUUUCCUUUCUUUACAUUCACGUAGCAGCAUUUAAAAAACAUGUUUCCUUCCUUAUAUGUUUCCGGGUUGGAGACUCCCAGUUGAUCCCUGACUUCUGUUGACAUUACCGCUGCCCACAUGAGGAAAGAUAUAACCUUCCCUCAAGUUUCUCAUAGUUACUUUGACAAAGUGUGUUGAAGUAUAACUAUAUCUCUACUCCAGUAUUAAGCCAGUGGGGUGCAGACAGUGCAUUCUUGGCUGCAGCACUUUAGUAUUUGUGUGAGAGGAAGUUUCUGCUUUUAAAAGUGACUUUUUCUUCCCAUUGUAUAAACAAUUUAUUACUGAUGUACGAAUUAAUAUUUUAAUUAUCUUAUCCUUAUUACAUUAUACUGUACUUGUAUAAAAAAACUUUGGGGAGAAGUAAGGGGGCAAUGUAGCAUUCUGUAUAUUCAAAUUUAUGUGAUUUUUUCGGUCAGUGUUGGGGUGUAGAAAUAUGAAGAGCUCCUCAAUGCAUUUCAAAAGAUGAUAAAUGUUUGAAGUUAGAUCAGGGUGAGUUAGCCUCCUGUGAAACCUGUAGAAGAAAAAAACUUUAGUUGUUUCAAAGUUUAUCAUGAUAGGAGGCCAAAACAUCCAAGAGCUCAUCUAACGUAUCUUUGCACAGGCCUGACAUGUAGCCAGAGAUUAGAGUUACUUAUCUUCUGUCCAUUUAAAUGUGAAGUUUAAAGGAAAUAUUUAAGGAUAGACUUCUCAUUUGACAAAACCAUGAACAACACUGCAUUUUGCACAAUCUGUAUCAUUAGCUUUAGUAUUACUUUCUGUUUUUAGAUGACCAACUCUUGUUGCGUAAUACAUGCAUGUUUCUUGAAUAGAUGUAGGCCUUAACAACAGGGGUUUUUUUAACUCAAAAAGCAUCAUUCGGUCUUGGAGACAAGAAGUCUUUAAUGGUACCACUGUUUUAAUUUGGAAAUAAAGGCCCCCAUUAACCUUUGACUUUGAGUUGGCACAAAAUGUUGAUCCUGGUUGACAGUCAAAGACUGCUGCUUUUUAUACUUUGUGAAAAAAGAAAGAAGGAAAAAGACUAAAGAAAAAUCAACAAUACUAAAUUGUUAGCCAGUCUUUAAAGGAGAUGUUAUAGUGGUUGACUGUUUCAUUAAACAUAUGAUAAAGUAGUUACUUGAAAGUUUGAGCAGGACAUUGUACAAAUGUUUGAAAUUGCAUUUAAAUUCUCUGGAUGACUAAACAUAACUGGCCCGGACAGAAAGGACAUUCAGUGUAAAACAGAGUCCUCAACAUUAGUUGAAACUGAUCAAAACUAAAUUAAACAUUCAUGGGAAACUUACUAGAGUUGAGUUAAAUCGUGCAAUGCUGUACAGAACUGUGGGACUCACAAAAUUGCAAUACAUGGAAGACCAUGGGAAUGUAGGUAACAGUAAUUGUGAGUCGUGGACUGGAAACACAGCAGGGAGAUGCACUGCAGUAGGAUAUUGUUAGCCUGUGAGACUGAGAGCCCUGCUAGCUCUUCACACAAGCCUCAUAUUUCGGUGGUAAUUUGAGCUAGAUCGUGCCAGAAAUCAGAUGGGCUACGGUGAGGCUUUGUACCGAGCUAAGCAAACUGUAGAUCCAGCAACAAGUAUAAAUUUUGAGCAGAGCAACCCCACAUAUUGUGAAUCUACAGGCCCUGCUGGCUUUGGACACCAAGCCACUCCAAUUGGCCUCAAUGCAACUGAGCAAAUAAAGAUUUCAUCAGAGAGCUACACAAGGCUGCUGUAAGCAGGGCUAAAAUCAGUGCAGCAUUUUCCACUAACUUGUUACAUUGUCUCACAGAAGUACCUCAAGACAAAAAAUUACUAUGGAUCCAACUAGUAUAACUGUCUCAACUCAUCUACUAAAUUUAAAAUGCUGUGUCGAUGUUUUCAGAUUUGAUUCCAUGUUGCAAAAAUUGAGAAAGAAAUUCCACUGACAUAGACGUGAUUAAAAUUGAAGAUUAUAAGUUUAUGAAACAAGACGAGAUAUUUUUAGAAAGACUGGCUGGAGGAACUGAAAGAACAUGUUUCUAUUGUGUAGACUUACUUUAAGGUUCUACCCAGUAUGCUAAAUUAGCGAAAGCUAUAGCAAGUUGCCUCAGCAGGUUAACAUUUAUGGAAUAGACCCUCCCCCUCAGUGCAUGCUUCAGGGAGAAAAAGCGAGUUGUGGUGUAUAACAAGUGAAAUUGCACUAAAAAUCAUAAGUGUAUGAUUAUGAGAGUAUAUGAUAUAUAUUUAUGACAUGGCACAUAUUCUUGUUUCGAAUAUAAUAUGAGUGUUACUGAUUUUGUUUUCCAAGGAGUGAUAAAUACCAUAAUUUGCUGUUGUGUUCUUAAAUUAUUCUGUUUUCCCUUUUCAUAAUUUGCACUGGAAAUGAACAGAUGUGUAUUUAAAUGACAUUUAUGCUUGUCAGGAUUGCUGAUAAAUUAGCAUGUAUUUUUGUAAACUGAGUGAAAAGAUCUCUGCUGUAACAAAGCCUGGCAACUCCAAAAGCACUUCUGCACUAAGAGUGGUCAGUGGUACUUUAUAGUUCAAAUACAUGACAUCACAUGUGACGUCAGAAAACUGACAGUAAAACCUCUUUCUUUACAACAAAGUACAUCACGGCCAUCUUAGUGCACAUGUUUUUAGAAAUGGGCCAUAACCUACUGAAAAUGUGAAUUGUUUUGACUUGAUUUUUGAAAAGGUUAAAGUGUAUUGUUACAGAGGCUUAAACACAUCAACCAUGUACUCCACUUGUUUAUGACAACUUUUAAUUUGUAAAAACAAAUAAAAAUUAAAGAAAGUUA